AUGUUCUCUAUCAAGCUACCUCUAGUGGGUUCCUUGAAGGCAUUGCGACCAAAAUCGCUCAUAUAUAUAGAACGCUUCGUGCUGACUGCAGCAGCUACAAAGACAAAGAAGAAAAUCAAUUCUCCUCUUCAAAAUCUUCGUCGUUCGACUCCGUCUGACAAUGGUAAUUUGACCCAUAUACUCUCGCUCUUCAAUAAAAAUGGAGCAGAAGAUGCAAAAUUGGAAAAGUACCUUUCGCCGGUAGCCUGUGUCACCGUGGGGGAUGCCUUUGACCUUGGUAAAGUCCGACUGCUUCUCGGCAAUGAAUGUCAAAAAAGAAUGGUGAUUCCCGAUGAGGUGUGUGCUUUUCAAGUGGAUUCCAAAACGGUGAUGGUUUUGGCCAAUGGAUCCGUAGUGGGCUGGGGAACACCCGAGGAUCGGUUGGAGUCUGAUAUAAUUCCGAAACUAAGGUCAGCAGUAAUCGAACCUUGCGUGCCGGAAUCCGAGGAGAUGGACUGGAUCGACCUCGGCUACAUUCCCGAAAAACCGCCAAACUACGGCAACUCGUAUAUGCAAGGAGAGAUCAUGGUUCUCCAGGGCGAUAACGAAGACAAAAAACUCUUGGAUAUGGCUGCGUUUGCAAUUGGUCUUUCACGGUCGACCCGGCUCUCGAUCCUCGAAAAUGCCUUGGAAAAUCACAUCCAGUUGACGAGAAAAAACUCAAUUAGUCUUUCUAAGGGCCACAGUAUAAGCACCAACGAACAUGAUGUUCUCAAGCUUACCGGAAGCCUCUUUCUUCUCCGUGGUAAACUCAACCUUUACAGUGAACUUAUAGAAACCCCCGACGUUUACUGGACAGAACCCACCUUGGAGAAGAUUUAUGAAUCGAUAUCCAGAGCCAUGGAUGUUCCUUCGCGAAUCUCGAUUCUCAAUCGGAAACUCGAUUAUGCAACCGACGAGCAACGUGCGCUUCUUGCUGUUCUCAACGAGAAAAAAUCCACCCGCCUCGAAUGGAUAAUUAUCAUCCUCAUCAUGGUCGAGGUGGUGUUUGAAUCGUUCCACUUUUACGAGAGCCGACAGUCCCACAAUGAAACCGCCUAA